UGGCACUGCACUUAUUACCUUGCAACUUGUAUAAAACUAGCUAUAAAUUGAAUCCAGCGCCGUUUCAUUUUCAAACCUUGGAGCAACUAAAAUAUCUCUUCGUUAUUACGAACCCCAUGGCAACUUAUUGCUCAAACAUUGAACUCUUGCCGCAAGAUUGUGUUUGUUCCAUUUUAUCGUACUUGUCCCCUGCCGAGGCAUGCACAUUCUCACUUGUCUCCUCAACCCUUCACUUCGCCGCCGACUCCGACACCGUUUGGAAGUCCUUCUUACCAUCCAACUAUGAAGACAUUGUAUCAAGGGCUGUCAAUCCCCUUCCCCUCCUCCAAUUCUCUCAUCAUCACAAGCAACUCUUUCAAGCACUCUCCCAUCCCCUCCCCCUUGACGCUGGCAACAAGAUCUUCCAAUUGGACAAGUCUUCCGGUAAAAUUUCGUAUAUCUUAUCUGCAACGGAGUUGUCUAUAGCAUGGAGCCAAGACACAAAUUACUGGACCUGGACACAAACCCCUGAAUCAAGGUUCUCAAUGGUGGCUGAGUUGAGAACAGUGAACUGGUUGCAAAUUGAGGGGAAGAUGAGAACAGGGGAGCUGACAGAGAGAACCACAUACGGUGCUUAUCUGAUAAUGAAAGUCUCGUCAAACAGAGCUUAUGGGCUUGACUCUGCGCCGGCGGAGAUAUCGGUUGCGAUCGGGGACAAAGUGGUGCAGAGAGGAAAGGCUUACUUGUGCCAGAAGGAGGAGAAGAAGCGCAUGAUGGAGAGGCUAAUGUACGGGAACCGAAGACACAUGUUGGGAAACGAAGAACAAGAGAAUAUUCCAGUUCCAUUGAAAAGAGAGGAUGAUGAUGGGUGGAUGGAGAUUGAAAUAGGGGAGUUCUUCACCGGGGACACUGAUCAAGAGAUCAAGAUCACUCUUAUGGAGGUUGGUUACCAUUUGAAGGCCGGCCUUAUCGUCCAAGGCAUUCAUGUUAGGCCUAAGCACAUAAUGGAACGCGUGCCAGAGGAUUGUUUUGCACACAUUUUAUCGUUUGCAUCCCCACAAGAUGCGUGUAGUUUGUGCCUGGUUUCAACGACGUUGCAGUCAAUGGCUGAUUCAGACAGUGUGUGGGAAAAGUUUUUGCCACUUGAUUGUGAAGAAAUUGUUUCAAGGAUCGUGAAUCCUUCAUUGUCGUGCUCCUCUAAUAAGAAGCACGUGUUUGUCACGGUAUGUAAACCACAACUAAUUGACGGCGGUAACAAGAUAUUCUGGAUUGAGAAAAAUUCAGGAAAAAUAUGCUACCAGUUGAGUGCAAGGGAACUUUCAAUUGCAUGGGGAAAGUGCCCUCUAUAUUGGUCCUGGAAACCAGUUGAAGGCUCAAGGUUUGAAGAAGCUGCUGAACUAAGAACGAUUUGCUGGCUAGAAAUGAAUGGCAGCAUAAGCACUGGAAUGUUAUCUCCCAAAACAUUAUACGGUGCGUAUCUGAAAGUGAAAAUAGCUGAUCGUGCCUAUGGCUUGGACUCUUUACCAUCACACGUGUCGGUUGAACUUCCCAAUUACAAAUCACAUGGAACUGUUUAUAUACGACGCCCCUCACACACACAUGAAGAAUGGUUGGAGAUUGAGUUGGGGAGCUUCUAUACUGGGCUGGAUAAAGAAGUUGUAAGAAUGGGCCUCAAGGAGGUCAAAGGCGUCCACUUGAAAGGUGGGCUUAUUGUUGAUGGAAUUGAAAUAAGGCCCAAAAUGGUCCAAUCAAGGCCCAAAAUCCCAAAAAAGGCUGAAACAGGUUUUUCUCACACCGCCUUUCCCGUGUAACCCUAGCAGUGCUCGGUGUUUAUAAAUGCAGGGUGUCAAUACUCAGUGCCACCAAAUGCAGCACUUUCAUUACUUGAUUGUUCCUGUGAUUUUGUGUUGAGGAUUAUGAGGUCAAUUUUAUUCAGAUUAAGCAAGUUUAAUUUUGUGUAUGGCAAUGAUGAUAAAUGUGAAUCCCAGCUCAUUAUGAGGCCUUUUCCAAGGUCCGGGAAUGGAAUUAUCCACAUCUAUCUGAGCUUCUAUGCCUACUCUCCAGUUAAGUGUUAUCUUUUGUUUCUUCUUAUUUAAUCAGAUUCCUACUGGCUCCAACUCUUUGUCAAGUUUUGCAAGAAA